UGCGCGUGUUUCAAUGGCUGCGUCGAGAGAAUUGCUAAAAACUUUGCUUUUCACGCGUUAUUUAAGCAACAAUAACAUUUAAAACACCGUGCAUAUACAAUAGUAAAGUGUGGUGCAGCUAAUUGCCAAUGGCACAAGCCCUCGAAUCCAACAUAAAGUGAGCAGCAAACGUAAGCGUACAAGUUGUGAACCAAACGAAGCAAUCAAAAGCAAAAAAAUGCGAGUUCGAGACAUGCAAAAAAUUUUUUCCUAGCAAUAAUCACAAUUUGGGCUGCAGCAAAGUAAAUUGUGUGAGCCACGAAAAAGCAUUGUGAAAUUCGAGCGCGUGUUUUUCUUGUCCUAUUACGCAGCCAAAUGUGCAAAAUAUUAAAAAAAAAAUAAAACACAAAAUUGUAUAAGCGUUGCUGCGGAACGCAUAUAGGAAGAGACCAGUGGACAAACGAGACAAGAGCGCGCUGAAGGCAGGCAAGCAGGGGUGUUGUUCUUGUUCAGAAAACGCGCGGCCGCUGCUGCUCCGCUGGGCGGCGCUCCAUUGCCAUUGCCCGUGUGUCUCUGUGUCGCGCUCAGUUGUGUAGCAAGCGUCCGUGCAGUCGGUUGUAUGUGUGUGAUGGUCUCUGCUGUUUAAUCUCUUCGGUAUCUCUCUGUGUGUGUGUAUAUAGUAUAAAUAUAUCAGCUGCAACGGUAAAGGUAGAGCAGACCCAGACCAAAGCGGAACAGGCGUUAACGCAGCCGUAACCGUGGAUGUAGCAAACGCACAAGAAAUUGAAUGUAAACGUAAACGGCAUGCAAAGCGCAUUAUAAAUAAUAUAAAUGCAAAAAGAUGAUGGAAACCGUGGAACAGCAAAAAGCAAAAAGUUCGCCUAACAUUGAGACCGACCAUGCGGCUGAUACGGAAGCAACGCCAGCAGCCAGCGAAGAGGAUGACUUUGAGGAUGAACAUGAGCAGCUGGAAACGGCGCAGAAAAACAUAACAGAGAAUGGCCGAGCCGCCGAGGAGUCAACGCCGGAAACGCAGGCUGAUGACUAUAUGGAUAAAUUGGAUAACAGUCCUCCAAGUAUGCACCGCACUAAAAACGAAGCCAAGGAUGACCAAGAGCUCUCUGUCGCUGAGUUGCCUGCGUUAAAUAAUAAUGAAGUAAGCAAGACCGUUGCGAUGAACAGCGAUAUUGCCAUGGACUCGCCCGUGAGCAGAUAUUAUGUGGAGAGCUCGCAAGAGGAAGAUGAUGAGGUGGACCAUGACACUUUGCCUAUGCUUAGCAGAAAAUCCCCAACGGUUAUGCAAACUCCAGAAGAUGUUAUUAAAAUAGAAGAUGAUGAUGAUGAAGAAGUACAAGAAGCGAAUGUGGAGCAGCAGCUGAAUGAAGACAACUUAAAAGAUAAGGAGCUUACAUCGCCAGUGUUUAAGAUCGAUGAUCUGUCACCCGACAGCAUACCAGACGGUGACGUAUCCUCAUCGGAUUUAGAUGUGUCCCACACAACGCCAAAUCAUGCGGUAUUGGACGUUAUUAAAAUUGAGUCCGAUUCUGAUAUGGAGCUGGAGAGCAAGACUAAAUUAGAAGUGGAGCCACCGGUUAAAAUUAAAAUUAAUGGCGCACACAGGAAGGUGUUGGUGCCGCUGACACCGUCGCCCCUGCCGCAGGAUGACAAAGAGCUGCCAUUGGCAAAGGAAGAUAAGCAGCUGGAGUUGGCAGAUCAAGUAGAUACAAAAACGAGACCACUGCAAAUGUCUGUGAUAGCAAAGAAUGCUGAUGAGCACAAGGAGCAAAGCAUACAGCAGGAAAGGGAGCAUCUUAUGCAGCAUGAAGAGAAGCAGGAAACUGAUAAUCUUAUGCAGCAUAAAGAAGAGCGGGAAAAUGAGCAUUUCAUAAAGCUUGAAGAUGAGGAAAAUGAGGAUCUUACGGAGCCUGAAGAGGAGCAUGAAAAUGAGCAUCUCUUGCAGCAUGAAGAACAAGAAUCGCAAGAAACCAUGUUGCAAGAGGAAGAACAAGAAAAGGAGGAAAAUACAUCGUUCGAAGAAGAACAGGAAAAUGAGGAAACCAUGUCGCAAGAGGAGGAUCAAGAAAAUGAGGAAAACACAUCGCUAGAGGAGGAACAGGAAAAUGAGGAAGACAUGUCGCAAGACGAGGAACAGGAAAAUGAGGAAAUCAUGUCGCAAGAGGGGCAACAAGAAGCAGAAGAAACCAUGUCUCAAGCCGAGGAAAAGGAACAAAAUGUAACGCUAGACGCAGAACAGGAAAAUGAAGAAGACAUGUCGCAAGACGAAGAACAGGAAAAUGAGGAAAACAUGUCUCAAGAUGAGGAACAAGAAACAGAAGAAACCAUGUCCCAAGCUGAGGAAAAAGAAAAGGAAGAAAAUACAUCGCUAGAGGAAGAACAGGAAAAUGAGGAAGACAUGUCGCAAGAGGAUGAACCGGAAAAAGAGCAGCCAUUGCUGCUGUUGGAGGAUUAUAGUAGAAGUAGUUCGGCUAGCUCUGAAUCGCAACAACUAGUGAUUGAUCAGGCAGAUAGUGUGCAGCCACUAAAUGCGGAGGAAAUGAAGGAGCAACAAACAGAGCAGGCGGAGCAUUUGCAGUUGCAUGCUAUAAAGCGCGGGCGCAGCAGCGACAACGAUACAAAUCCUCCAACAAAACAAAUAUGUACAGAAGAGAGGACUGAGUUGCAGGUACAAGAGGCUGAGCCGACAGCACGGGAUCCGGAGCAACGAGGGCUACAGUCGGAGCAAGUGUCACUUGAGUCAGAUAAACGGCAAUCUAUGUCUCUGCUCCUGCAGCGACUCCAGGCACCAGCUUUAGGAGCAAUACCAGCAGAACCCAUGCCCGCAACUGCAACUUCAUCCGCUGUAGUUGCUCAUCCGCCCACGCCACUUGAGCAGCGCUACUAUCGAUGCGCCCGCUGUACGACUGUGCAUCAACACUGGAACUUUUUUCUACACAUGCGUGAUGUGCAUCAACGCUACAUUUGCCUCUACUGCUCCCAGGUGUAUGCUGGCGUGGAGAAGCUGUCACUGCAUCUGGAGAACAAGCACGAUAUGGAUCAGCGUCACUUUAACAACGUAGACGCUUGGUCAUCAUUGCGUGGUCAAGAGGAUCGGAAUCGUUUGCUGGUCUGCUGCAAUUGCCAAGCAACUUUUAAGGAAGGCGCGCAGUUCGUAGAGCAUGAUUGUGCGGAGUUCAUGCAACCAUGUGCAUUGUGUGGUCUAAAGAAUUCACAUGACCAGGAUUGUCGCAAUAGCAACAGUAGGGCCAGUGCAAAGAAGCUGCAGUUGGCAUCGCGACGCAAGCGCAAACAGGCCAAGAGCAAUGAGCAACAAAUGGAGCAGCAGGCUGCGCCUACUUUAGACAUUCCAGUCACAUCAAGUGAAGCGGCAAUGCCAUCGCCACCAAAGCUGGUGGUCCCCAAGAUAAUGCUGCGUGUACCCAAAGAGUUUCAAAAAUCCGUGGAUGCAGCACUUAGCAGCACCGACAGUGAGGAGGAGGAGCUGGAUGAAUCACCCACAGCGGGUUUCGAUGCUGAAGCAGCCAGCAGUCUAACUGUGGACGCAGUGCAGCAGUUGCAGCCUAUGUCUAUGCAGUCCGAGGAUACAGAAACGGCCACAGAGACAGCAUCAAUGAAUUUGGAAGCAGUUCACAAUCCAACACUGGAGCCAGAGGCAGAUAACGAGGCAGAAGAGGAACAGGAAGAUAUGACUGAGGCUGAGAAUAGGCUGAAGCAUAUACUGGAGGAAUUUGAGCGCACUAAGCUGGACAUAGAACGCACGCGUGCACAUAUGUCCAAAAAGGAGCCACAAGUGGAGCAGCAGUUGCAACUGGAGCAGCCAAUGCAGCAGCCAGCACAACAGCAACCGCCACAGCCACAGCCACGUUGGUCACCCACGCCACCUGCAUCACCUCAUAAUAAUCAUAUAAGCAUGGAGACGCAUCUGCCCAAGGUGCUGCUGCCGCCGCCGCUGCCGACAGAGCAGCCGCCAAGUCGAAGAGAUUCGCUAGGCAGCGAGUGCAUGGAUAUUGAUGAAAGCAUAGCAGAGCAGCAGCAGCAGCAAGAAGGGCAACCAGUGAUGCCGGUGACUCCUUCGCCACCACCUGCAGCACCCGCUCCACCAGCCGAUGGCAUUGUGGUAGCCAGCGAUGAGACACAUACCUUGGAGCUGCUGCUCGAUAGACCGUUGGAUAAAUUUGAGCUGGUGGACUUUGUGCGUCUUUGUCUGAAGCAAGUGUAUCACUAUUGCUUAUUUUGCAACCAUGCGCGUCGCAUAGCGGUAAAUGCGCAACAGCUGGUGUUGCAUCUCAUAUCCCAGCAUCGCUUCACGGCCACCGUGGACAGCAUCACAGCGGAAGAGUUACAGGCGGAAACCAUUGUGGCCAAGCUCAAAAGCUACUUGCCAGAGCUGGAGGCGGGAAAGCAUUACUUGAAUGCCGUCAGCUGUUGCAGCUUGGAGCCGGAACGUUUUGCUCAAACCUACAACGAACGCAUCUAUGAGUGCUUCCAAUGCCGCUUCGUGACCGCCACACACAAGGAACUCUACACGCACAAUCGCCGCUUGCACAUCAAGUCCAACAUAAGUUGCCACAUGUGUCGCUUGAACUUCUUUAGCUAUAGCGAGCUACUCUGCCACAUCUGUCCCGGUCAGCCCAACUGCGAUAUAUUCGAUGUCAACUAUCGUUGCUGCCUCUGCGAUGUGGCGCCACUGCCCUCCGCCUUCAGGCUCAUGGUGCAUCUGCGCAAGCAGCAUCAAGCCUGCGAUAUUUGCCUAGAGGAUUGCCAUAGUCAGGCCAAGCUCUCGUCCCACGUGUGGAAGCACAAACUGUUGCAUCUAUGCUAUCGUUGUGGCAUUGCCUAUCGCAACAAGCAGGAUAUAUCGAAGCAUCUUUUCUGGAAGCACGGCACCGAGAGCGCCAGCUGCAAGCGCUGCCUGCAGAAACGCUGGCGUCAUGUCUAUCAUUUUUGUGUGCCCGCAGCGCAGUUCACCUGCGAGCAGUGCCAGUUCAGCUUUAGCAAAGCCAUUUAUCUGGAGGUGCACAAGCGUGAGCAUGAGGGUGACUUUCGCUAUGCCUGCGCCGAGGAGGAGUGUGUGGAGAAGUUUGUUAGUCGCAAGCUCUUGCUGAAGCAUAUGGCAGCGCAGCAUGAGCACAAGCAGGAGCAGCUGUCGCAGUCGGAGUCGCCGCAGUUGGAGGAGCAGUCAGACGAGCAACUAGAACAACUAAAGCAGGAGUCCGCAACGCCGCAGACACUGCCAGACGAGGAUACCGCAGAGGAGCAAUCGCAAUCGGAUACUCCAGCAGAACCAACGGAGCAGUUGAAGUCCCCCAAGCUAGAGCCAACAGAUAGCAACUUGGAAGCACCAGCGCCGGCCACAGCAGAGCUGCCGCAGUCAAAUCCACGAAAGCGACGCAAGAAGUCCAAACGUCAAAAGGCCUCGCUGGAGGAUCUGAAUCUCAUAGCGCCUAAUCUAUCCGAAACCGAUAGCAGCGAUGAUAGCGACUCGGAUGUGGCUGCAUCAACGGCGCCACUGGAGUCCGAGUCGCUGCCUAUGCGCAGCACUGUGGAUGAUCUGCAUAUGCCAAGAGUAAUGCUAUCGCCGGCAUCGGAAAGCGAUGGCGAGGAGCCAAAGAAGUUACCAGCGACGCCACCGCCACAGAAAGAGCACAAAGCUGAAAGCAAGGAGGAGGAGCAGCAAGAUAAGCUGCAGCAGUUGGACUUGGAACUAGAGACCGCCAAGAAAGAACUGGAGAUUAAGCUCGAAGAACACCAGCAGAAGCAGUCAAGCGCCGAUGAAGAUGUGCCGGAUAUUUGGAAGAAUCUGCUCGAUUUGCAUGCACAGCAGCUGCCGUCGUCAAAAACGGAGAGCAACCUAGACGAGGAAGAGCAUGAGGAGUUGCUGACGGAGCAACGGCGUCCCAGCAAACUGCAUAUAGCUUACUCCGAUCAUGACUAUUGUAAAAUGCAGCGCACGCCACCCCCAACGGUAUCGCCCACGCGGCGUUCACCCAAGAAGCACGCAAUUGGCACACCCAAGUCAGCCAAGCGUACUAGGAACGACAGCUCCAGCGAUAGCAGCAGCAGCUCCAGUUCCAAUUCCGACUCAGACAGCUCCAGCUGCUCAUGUGGCUCCAAUUGCAGCUGCAGCUCUAGCGGCAGCAGCUCCAGUGACGAGGAUUCCGACAAUGCUGCAACGAAGCCAGCAAAGCGCAGCGAGGAAGCCGCAGCCAACAGCGAGGAGUAUGUGAAUGUCACCAGCUUGAAUGAGGAGGAACUGCCGCCAGUUUUGGAUGCCCCCGCGCCCGCACCUGCCCCGAUCUACAAUGAAUCCGACUUUGAUACAAAUGUAUCCGAUACGGAUGAGGAGUUCUACGAUGCGCAUCCCCAGAAGCUGGCCAGCGAAAUGUUCGCGCAGAAGCGUUUGGCUUUGCUCGCGGAGCAGGCCACACAGCAGCCGGGCAGCAGCAAUAAUUAUGAUAUAGUGGAGAAUAGUCGUCCAUCGACGCCAUCGCUGCCGGAGGAGGCGAAUGCUUUUGCGGCGGAUAAGCGCGAGCGUGCUGGACGCAGCAAGAAGAAGAAGCGUGAGCGUAAGUCCAGCUGCAAGGCCGCAAGCAAUCAGUCCAAGCUGCCACAGCUGGUUGCGCCACCACCGCAACAGCCACUCAGUCAUACUCUCAUUGCUAACGACACCUCCUUGUUGGGUUUGAUGCCAACCACGCCAUUACCCCUACACCAACAGCAACCUUUUCAUCUCCAUCAUCAGCAGCAGCUCCAGCAGCAGCAGCAGCAGCAGCUGCUGCCAGAGACGCCACUGACGCAUCAUACGCCCGGACACCAACUUGCGCGCUGGCAGCCACGCAUUAGCGAGGGCAGCAGCUGCUCCGAUGCCGAUGGCCAGUUGAAGCGCUCCAAGCGCCAACGGCGUCCCAACAAAUUCUAUGGCUAUACCAGCGAUGAUGAGAAUAUGAGCAGCGUGCUGGCGCCGCCACUUCAGGUGGGCAUGCAGCUGAUACGACCGCAGCCACCGCCGCAGCUCACAUGGGCCAAGGAGGAUCUGCCUACGCCAGCCAAGUCGCAUGGACAUUCCCAUCUGCAUAGCAAUGGCAAUUCCUCCGGCGGCGGAGCCUCACGCAAGCGCAAACGCCCUCCGCUGAGCGGAGUUGGAGCAGCUGCGGGCAGCGUUAAGCGCGCAGCCAAACGCAGUCGCAAGCAGUUGCCGCCACCUGUAGUCAAGCCCACACCCAUUGAGCUGCCGCCCAUACCUACGCUUAAGAUACGGCCCAGCUUGUUGCCCACCAGCGCAGCUAAUAGCGACAGCAGUCUCAGUAGCAGCGAAGAGGAGGAUGAGGACGACGACGAGCAGCUGGAGGUUAAUGUGACCAGUCUCUUGCCCAUGACAACGUCGCCGCUAGUGCAGCAGACACCAUCGUUGCUGCUGCCAACGCCCAUAUUGCCACCACCCGCACCUGUGCCACCCCCGCCAGCCACGCCUGCCACCACAGCUUUCAAUCAACCCAUACCGCCAGCACUGCUGCCCAAUCCAGACUUUGCCACGCUUCAGUACUUCAAGGCCAACAAUAUACGCUAUCCCAUACGUCCGCCUGCGGGCGCACGCCUGGCACGUGAGGGCGAGUCCGUCUAUUGCUAUUGUCGCUGUCCCUACGACGAAGUAUCCGAGAUGAUUGCGUGCGAUGGCGACAACUGUCUCAUCGAGUGGUUCCACUUCGAGUGCGUGGGCAUUAUGGUGGCGCCGCAGGGCAAAUGGUUCUGUGCCGAGUGUCGCCCCAAGUACUCCGAGGGGCUCUAUGUGGGCGCCAAGCCCAACUAAACGCAAACAUGUUUAAUAUAUACAGAUGGAUCCACUUUUCCCAUUGUCCAAACAUACACUUGAGAAAAGAAAAGAAAAAAAACUCCCACUACAGAAUGGAUUACGCUUAUUAAAUGUUAAUCUUUGGCAAAUUAUGUAACAACAAAAACACAAAAGAAAUUGAAAACACACAGCAAACAAUUAACAACUAGUUUAUCUAAUUAACUUAUAAGCUAAUAUUAUGGAAAUAUUAAUAAUAUAUAUAUGUAUGUAUGUAUGAAUAAAAACCCGCUAAGGUUCAGGCGCUCAGCUGUAAUUCAGCUUUGUGACUUUGAAACUUAUAUAAAUACGGAACUUAAAUGUAACACCUAUAUAUAUGUAUUAACAUUAUAUAAUGUAUAAUUUUUAAAGAUAUAUAUAUAUAUAUAUAUUUCUGUAAAUAUCUGCGAGUUGCUCUCAGCCGAAGCAUCUCUCAAGUUUGUAUAUUAUAUCCUUAGCUCAUGCAAAAUCCAACGUUUACACUUAACUCACAACCCAGCAGCCGUAGUUUUAGUUCUAUAUUAAUGCUAAUUCUAAUUGACUAUCGUUAGCUCUACAUAUACAUAGAAAUAUAAAAUUAGUAUAACAAAUAUAAAGAAAAUGCAGUACGGAAACAAUUAAUGCAAUCGAGAUGCAAAGAAAUAAACACAUUCAAUAAGACAAUGA